AACAUAACACAUGGUUCGACUCGCCGCUCUUCAACAUACACGUGCGUAUCGUUAGUUCUGAGACAACACUUUCAAUUAUCUAAAAAGUGUGGAAUUUUAUCCAGAAUGGUAGCCAACAAACAUAAAGCCAUCAAAAGGAAAGCUGCUGUGCCAAUAGAGGAAAAGAAAUUGGACAAAACAAAGCUAAAUCUACAGACGAAACAAGUCGUAGAGGACAGCGCCAGCGAUUAUUAUGAAUCCGAUGAAGAUAAUUUGCUCGCAAACAUUGACAACGAAAAUGAUGAAGACAGCUCGGAUUCCGACGGGGAAAACGUUGAAUCAGACGACGAUAAGGAGGUUCUAAGCUUUGAAAGUGCUGAUUCCGAUUUUGAGGAUCAAUCAGGUAAGGAGGAUUAUCGGGAAGAUGAAUCGGAUGGCGAUGAAGAAAACGGAGAAGAUGUCGAUUCGGCCGACGAUGUAAACAGCGACAGUUCUCCUGAACCCGAAGAGGAAGAUAGCGACGAUGAAAAUGAUGAUUUAGAAUUUGAUGUGGACCUGGAAGAACCGGAACAACCGCAGGGAAUCAAGAAGUUGGGUGAUAAGAAGAAAAUCUCUGCGACUGGUGAGGACUCGGAAAGCGAAGACGAAGAUGAAGAAACCAGGAAACUUUUGGAAGCGGCCGAAGAGGAAAGUAAAAAAUCGAAUGGCUUGAAUCCAUUAGUAGAAAGAGCGCCAGCUAAGAAGAGGGGAGUUGGAAUUUUUCCAUCGGAGCAGAAGUCUAGAAAACAGGAUGAAUAUGCGAAUGGUGAUACCUCGGAUGAGGAGGAUAUUAGGAAUACCGUUGGAAAUAUACCGAUGCAUUGGUAUGAUGAAUAUAAACACAUUGGUUAUGACUGGGAUAGUAAUAAAUUGAUAAAACCUCCGAAAACGGAUGCUAUCGAUGACUUCCUCAAAAAGAUGGAAGAUCCGAACUUCUGGCGCACAGUAAAGGAUCCGCAAACUGGCCAAAAUGUGGUUUUGAGUGAUGAGGAUAUUGGGUUGAUUAAGAGGAUUAUGCAAGGAAAGAAUCCAGAUGACCAAUACGAUGAUUAUGAGCCUUGGUUAGAAUGGUUCACCUCUGAGGUUGAAAAGAUGCCAAUCCGCAAUAUUCCCGAUCACAAGCGCUCGUUUUUGCCCAGCAAAUCGGAAAAGCAGAAAAUUGGAAAAUUGGUCCAUGCUCUCAAAAUGGGAUGGUCAAAAACGCAGGCCGAAAAGAACAGAUUAGCGGCUCUAGAGAAAGGUCCCAAGUUUUACAUGGUUUGGGAUAGUGAUCACGGCAAAGAAGAGAUGCGUCGUAUCCAUGACCAUGUGGUUGCGCCCAAACGAGCCCUUCCGGGUCAUGCUGAGUCGUAUAAUCCUCCUCCGGAAUAUUUGUUCAGCGAGCGAGAAAUGGCGGAAUGGAACAGUCACGAAGAGGAACCUUGGAGAAGAAAGCUGCAUUAUAUUCCCCAGAAGUACAGUUCUCUGAGGGAAGUUCCAUACUAUGAUAAGUAUAUCAGAGAGCGAUUCUUACGCUGUCUUGACCUGUAUCUUUGUCCUCGUGGAAAAAGAACCAGAGUUACCGUUGGGCCGGAGUAUUUGAUUCCGAAACUGCCCUCGCCGAGAGAUUUGCAGCCAUUCCCAACGUUACAAAAUCUUAUCUACAAGGGCCACACGGACAUGAUUCGUUCGGUCAGCAUUGAGCCGAAGGGAGAGUAUCUGGUCACCGGUUCCGACGAUCAUACAGUUAAAAUAUGGGAGGUAUCGACGGCGCGUUGCAUCCGAACAAUCCCCACGGGCGAUGUUGUCCGAUCGGUCGCCUGGUGUCCAAAUAGCAAAAUUUCACUCGUAGCUGUGGCCAGCGGAAAACGUCUGCUAUUGAUAAAUCCUCAGGUCGGCGAUCAUCUGAUUGUCAAAAAGACGGAUGACCUCCUGGCGGAAGCACCAAAGUCAGAGGUGGUAGAUAAUGACCGGAUUGCCACAGCCGUCCAGUGGGUGGAAGUGUCGGAGGAAGAGCGCAAGGCAGGUGUUAGAGUGGUGAUCAACCAUUUCAGAGAGAUUCAGCAAGCAUCGUGGCACGGAAGAGGGGAUUACUUCGCGACUGUUAUGCCGGAUGCGGCCAACCGAUCGGUACUGAUUCAUCAACUAUCCAAGCGACGAUCACAGUUUCCUUUUUCGAAAAGUAAGGGACUGAUUCAGUGCGUGUUGUUCCACCCUGUGAAACCUUGUCUGUUCGUUGCUACCCAACGUCAUGUCCGCGUUUAUGACUUAGUUAAGCAAGAGUUGCUCAAAAAGCUUCUGCCAGGUUGCAAAUGGAUUUCAAGUAUGGCGAUUCAUCCGAAGGGAGACAAUCUGUUGGUGGCCACAUACGAGAAGAAAAUGAUGUGGUUCGAUUUGGAUUUAUCCACACGACCCUACCAGCAACUGAAGCUGCAUCAUUCCGCCAUUAGAAAAGUUGCGUUCCAUCUGCGGUAUCCACUUUUCGCAUCUGCCAGCGAUGAUCGCAGUGUGAUUGUUUCGCAUGGAAUGGUUUACAAUGACCUUCUGCAAAACCCGCUGAUCGUCCCACUUCGACGAUUGGAGCAUCACGAACGCAUGAACGACUUCGGUGCAUUCGACGUUGUGUUCCAUCCUACACAGCCAUGGUUGUUUUCUUCGGGUGCUGACCAUACGGUACGAUUGUAUACGUAAAUCUGUUACAUUGGGAGUUUAAUGUUCACAUAAUUCUAUUUUAUUUUGAAAUAUAUGUCACCUUAAUGUAA